AGGAUGGCGCAUGCGCGCUGGACGCGUUGAGGUCCUCUGAUCAGCGACCGCUUCGUUAAGGGCGGUUUUUUUUUUUUGCUCGCUCCCGGUUUGAGCGAUGACCAGCGGGAUGUCGAAAUCGGAGUCGGGUGCCCAGUUGAUUGCACGCCUUGAAGGUCGAAGUUCUCUGAAAACUCUUGAACCAUGCCUGUUUGCUGAGGAAGGAUAUCCUGUUUAUGGAGAUGUUGUCGAAUUCCACGGUCUGGAAGGGACAGGAAAAACAGAAAUGCUCUAUCAUCUCAUUGCUCGCUGCAUUCUUCCAAAAUCAAGAGGUGGUUUGGAAGUUAGCGUGCUUUUUAUUGAUACGGACUUCCAUUUCGAUAUGCUGCGUUUAAUCACUCUCCUGGAAUGCAGGUUGUCGUAUCGAGGCACCGAAGCCACCAUGAAGCGCUAUCUGGAGAGGUUCUUCCUUAUUAAUUGCCACAGCAGCUCUCAGCUGCUGAUAAGUCUUCACUCUCUGGAAACCAUGUUUUUGUUCCACCCUUCCCUUUCUCUCUUGAUCAUAGACAGUAUGUCGGCUUUUUAUUGGAUAGACCGGGCCAACGGAGGAGAAAACCUGAGCCUGCAGGAAGCGAAUCUAAAAAGAUGUGUGCAGGUUCUCCAAAAGCUUAUAAAGGAGCAUCACUUGAUAGUGUUCGCCACUACUCAGUCGCUUAUGCAGAAGUCACAAAACUUUGGGGAAAGCUCAGAAAAAACUGAGUGUGACGCAGCUUCAGAUUACCGCCCUUUUCUUUGUAAACUGUGGCGACAGCUCGUCACCCACCGGAUCUUCUUCUCCAGGCAUCCCCAUCCAGAUGGCAGCCAAGGAUUUUUAAUGACUACCUGUCACCUUCAGAACGACUGCGUGGUAAAACGUUCCUUCUGCAUUAUGGAACAAGGGAUUCAGUUUUAAAAGCUCAGGUUAAUUUUAAAGGCACGUGUGGUGUUUUGUUUUGUUUUCUUUUUUAAAACAGUUUUUACGUUUUUGUAUUCAUGUUAAUCUAAAAUUUAAUUUUAGAAAGCAUGCUAAUCAGCUUUGGGCUAAUAUUCAGGUGGAUAUGGGCAAAUUGAUGAAGCUUAUAAGAAAAGUUAAGUUCUGGAAUCUAAUAAAAGUGGUUACUUCUUA